AACACUGCCCCUUAUCACAACAAAACAAUUUGAUAAGAAGAUGAACAUCAACAAAGCAAAUUUUUGUAGAAAUUUUUGGGAAAUGAAUUGAAUAGUGUUUAAAUUUUAGUUGAAGCUAAAAUGCCGGUGGAGGAUUUCCGAAUUGAAUUACCGUUUGGCCCGCCGCCAAUUUUACCGGAUUUUAGAAAAGAACUCGAAGAGUAUUUAACCAAACCGCAUAAAUUACCUAUUCAUAAUAGGAAAAAUGAUUUUAAAUUUUGGAAGAGGAAAAUAAAUCUCGAUUCGCUUUACCAUACCGAUGUCAGCCCAGUCACCACGUCGUUAAAAGUUGAAAGAAAUCUAGAUACCGGAGAGUUACUCAAUUUUUACGAAUUACCCAUAGAAGGUAUCGGCCAAACUGCGAAGAAUUCAUUGUCGUUUUCUCGGGCACCCGGCAAAGCUACAGAUGAUGUUCGGGGUACUCGCACAAAUUAUCCAUUUUGGCCAGGCGGAUUCGAUUCUCCAUCUCUUCAUCAACUUUCCGAGGAAAAUUUUGAUAUUGAUUUUGAACAUGAUCUCUUGACAAAAGCACCCGGCUUAUCGCGAGAAUUUCAAUUCACCGAUGAUGAAGGGAAAAGUAGUACGUCGAAAACUGAAAUUGAUGUUAUUGAUUUCCGAAAUAUCAUGGAAGAUGCGUCGAAUUUCCAUCUUUGGACUGACGAGCCUACAGAAAAAAAUCAAAAACCAAAAACUGAACGUGAUCUCGAUGCGUUUGAAGAAAGUGUGAUACCUGGUGAAGUGCAACUGCCUGUGUUGAAGAUAUCUUCAUCAAAAUCUAAUAGAUUUGCUGUGAAAACAGAAUGGGCAGAACUUCUUGAUACGUCUAAACCGGUUGUUGACUUUCAUAAAAAAAUCGAAGAUCCCGCAGUUAGGUGGGAUUUUGAACUGGAUACUUUUCAAAAAUUGGCUAUUUUGAAAUUGGAACAACACCAACAUAUAUUCGUAUCUGCACAUACAUCUGCCGGAAAAACUGUGGUGGCUGAGUACGCUAUUGGAAUGUCUCAAAAGCAUUGUACCAAAGCAAUUUACACGUCACCAAUCAAAGCGUUGUCCAACCAAAAGUAUCGCGAUUUUAAAAAUCGUUUCGAAGAAGUUGGACUGAUUACUGGUGAUUAUCAAGUAAAUCAACAAGCUUCCUGUCUCAUAAUGACGACCGAAAUAUUACGUUCUAUGUUAUACGCGGGAUCGGAUGUAAUUAGAGAUUUAGAAUUUGUUAUCUUUGAUGAAGUGCAUUACAUAAAUGAUUCUGAGCGAGGCCACGUUUGGGAAGAAAUUUUAAUCAUGUUACCCGAUACUGUAUGUAUCGUCAUGUUGAGUGCCACGGUUCCAAACCAACUUGAAUUCGCUGAUUGGGUCGGUCAAAUCAAACGUACAAAAAUGUACGUAGUGAGUACUCUCAAAAGACCUGUACCAUUGCAGCAUUAUUUAUACACUGGAGGAUCAAGUUCGAAAAAAGAAGAAAAUUUAUUUUUGAUUAAAGACGGAGAUGGCCCAUUUCUCAUGCCUGAGUAUACGAAAGCUGUCGAAAGUAAAGCAAAAAAGAACGCCGCAGUGAAAACAAAGGGGGAUAAGGAUAAUAAAUCCAAAAUGAUCAAGACUCCUGCACCGAGGAUAAUGAAAUCAGAAAAAACUUAUUGGGAAGCUUUUGCUAGAUUUUUACAAAAGUACGAAAAAUUGCCAGUAGUGGCUUUCACUCUCUCAAGAAGCAAGUGUGAUCGCAAUGCUGAAUUUUUGAUGUCUAUUGAUUUUACCACUAACGAGGAAAAAAAUUACAUCAAAUAUUCGUUUAAUCAAUCUAUCAAAACGUUAAAAAAAGAAGAUCAAGAUUUACCUCAGAUUAAAAAAAUGGGAUUUUUACUCAGUCAAGGUAUUGGUGUGCACCAUAGCGGUAUUUUGCCAAUACUCAAAGAAAUCGUUGAAAUUUUAUUUCAAAAAGGUUUAGUCAAAUUUUUAUUCGCUACUGAGACAUUUGCAAUGGGUGUCAAUAUGCCAGCCAGAACUGUAGCAUUUGAUUCGAUAUGUAAAUUCGAUGGCACCGGUACACGUGAUUUACAGCCAGCAGAAUACAUUCAGAUGGCCGGUCGAGCAGGUAGAAGAGGCCAAGAUGCCACCGGAACUGUGAUAAUUUUAUGUAAAAAUGAAGUUGAUAAAGCUGCAAAUUUGAGGGCAAUGAUGUUAGGUGAUCCGACGAAAUUGGAGUCUCAGUUUAAGAUUACAUAUUCAAUGGUACUGAAUUUAAUGAGAGUCAAAGGUAUGAGAGUUGAAGAAAUCAUGUCGCAUAGUUUCAAGGAGCAGCGUAAUCGUCAGAAAAUGGAUACUUAUCGAAAAGAAUUGAAAGAGUUAGAAGAAGAACAGAAUGAUGACGAAGAGGACAUAACAGAGUUACCAUUUUAUGAAGAAUUCAAUUCAUUCUUCCGAGACGCCUUGUCUUUCAAUGACGAUUGGAAUGAGAAUAGUGGCACCAUUCUCUUACACCCUAAAAUAAAACAAGAACUGACCGUUGGAAAAUUUAUGGUAAUCACCUACCAGCAUUACGUUAACAGAUUAGCGCUGAUUUUGCAAGUAAUCCCAAAACCAGAUUCUCUACGAUUCAAGGUUUUAAUAUUAUGCGAUGCCGCAGAAUUGGAACUAACCGAUAAGGAAAGCGACUUAUUCUAUCAAAUGGUGAGCUUGUCCAAAAACAAUGUAUUUCUACCCAGUGCUAAACCUAGUCAUUUAGUGGUGGUGAUUGAUUCGAAAGAUAUUAAACAUAUCACUAAAUUCUCAAUUAAAAUAGACCAUAAUUUAGUGAUUAAAGAUUGGGAACAACGUCAAAUACCUAGAUUCAAAGAUGCUCCCCCGAGUGCAACCUUUCUUCGAGCAGUCACAGAGCUAUUGGAAAAAAGUCAAACAUUGAGUACUUCUGAAGAUAUAAAUUCGAAUUUUAUUCGUAUCACUGAUUUUAGAAUAGCUGACUUCGAGCUACAUGAAAUUAUUUAUAACUUGGAGUCUAAAAGAUUUCACUUGGAUUCUUAUGUUAUGAAGGAAGACAUUUCUGAUUUCGAGACAGUGUUCAAAAAAAUUUUCAAAGUUAGGCAAAAAGAGGCUAAGAAAGAAAAAUUGAAGCAUUUGCUUUCUGAAAAAGGUUUACUAUCGUAUCAAGAAUACAAGCAAAAAGUCGCUGUUUUGAAAGAAUUAAAGUACAUCAACGAUGAAGAUAUUGUUGAGAUGAAAGGCAAAGUUGCAUGCGAAAUGGGUUCCAAUGAGUUGAUCAUUACUGAAUUGAUAUUCGAGGGAACAUUAUCAAAAUUCGAUCCUCCUGAAAUAGCCGCUCUGCUAUCCUGUUUGGUGUUUCAAGGUAAAUUAGAAGAAACCGAUGCAGAAUUAUCUGACAAAUUAAAAGAGGGUAUUCAAGCUAUUGAAACUGUUCGUCGAAAAAUUGUGAUUACUGAAAGAGAAUAUUGUGGUGGAAGUCAAGAACCGAAUGAAAUGGAGAGGUUGAAUUUUGGUUUAGUUCGAGUUGUUCACGAAUGGGCCCAUGGCAAAGCAUUUGCUGAAAUUAUGGAGCUGACAGAAGGCCAAGUUCAAGAAGGUAUCAUUGUCCGAUGUAUACAACAGUUGAAUGAAAUUCUAAGAGAUAUCAAAGAUGCGGCGAAAUUAUUCGGCGAUUUAGUUUUGAAGAAAAAAAUGGAAGAAGCUUCUGAGGCAAUAAAAAGAGAUAUUGUGUUUGCAGCUUCAUUAUAUACUCAAGAUUAAACAUUUUUUCAUACAUAUUUGUCCUAUUUCGAGUUCCGAUGUAUAUACCAAUAUUAUAGAAUUUUUAUUAAAUGUGAACUUUUCAUGAUUUUUGAUAAAAACAUUUUGUGAAUAAAAGUGAACCCAAACAUGAGAACUAUUUAUUAAAAAAAAAAGUACAUGUAUCUUAAACAAGUUUGAAUUGAAUUAUAAUUACAUAAUUAAUUAGUGAUUUCGGGUUUUCCUUUGAUAACUUCGCUUAUGCAAACCCACUGACCUUCUGUAUCGGUUUUCCAUAAACUAACUUUAUUAUCGGCGCCACUGACCGCUAUAAUGUUGGCUGUAAGAGACCAGCUCACACUCCAUACGGCAUCGUCGAACUUAUGGAGAAGAUCAGAUUUCCAAUUGAUGAAAUCAUCACUCGACGAAACAAAUACUCUAUGAUCUUGCGAGCAACUGGCUAUCAUAUUUUUUGUUAAACCAACUGACGGUGCCCAUGCAACAUCACGAACCCAAUCGGAAUGGAUUUCUAUUUUGGUCUCUUCGAUCCACUGAUCACCUUCUUCUUUCCAUACUUUCACUAAAUUAUCGCAGCCUCCACUGGCUAAACGUUUAACGUUCUGCGAUUUACCGGAAGGGUUCAAUGAGGAUAUUAAUGCGGAUGCUGGACACCAACUAACAGCGUUACAACCACUAGUAUGAGCAUUCGAGAUACGCUUCGUUUCCCAAGAAUUGGUUUCUGGUGUAUAACUCAGGAUCGAUAUGGUUCCGUCGAGACUACCGCAAGCUAAUACUAGCCCAUAUUCGUGUGGUGCCCAAGCCACUGAAUUAACGGAUGAAUCGUGACUGGUAUGUUCGUAAAAUUUCGUCCAUUCGUUGGUUUCUUUCCAUAUAAUCACUUUUCUAUCGUAAGAACAAGACGCGAGGAAAUUACCAAAUUUCGGAUGGGCCCAAGCCACCUGCCAUACCGGACCGUAGUGGCCUUUUAAAUCAGCUAUCAAUGUUUGAGUACCGUUCUUCAAAUUGUAGAUUUUGAUCGAUUGGUCCGAGGAACAAGUAGCCAAUCGCAAUCCAUAGUAGUCCAUUUCAGCGUCGUGUAUAACAUCCUCAUGACCGGUUUCAACCGUGUUCAUUAUCGAAACCAUCGUAACACAGGUGGAGAAUCAAUGCAGUUUAUAAAUACUUAGUUGAAUACUGUUUAACACAUUCCCGUUUUUAACGUAUAAAAUAAUUCAUCAGAUCAACGGAAUAGCAAAUUCAAAAUCAAAA